GGAAACAAAUAACAGCUGAGCUUUUCCAUCGCUAGGAAAUGAAUCCCUGUGGAGGCAGCACCAAAAAGGAGCCCCAGAGCCUCUAGGACACACACCUGAGGAGGAGCUGUUGGAGGAGAGGCACAAACUAACUCCACCAGCUAACUAACACCCUUACUAACCAAUGUCAACAACUAGGGAGCAGCCAAUCUUCAGCACCAGGGCCCACGUUUUCCAGAUCGACCCGGCCACCAAGCGGAACUGGAUCCCGGCCAGCAAGCACGCCCUGACCGUCUCCUACUUCUACGAUGCCACGCGCAGCGUGUACCGCAUCAUCAGCGUGGGGGGCACCAAGGCAAUCAUCAACAGCACCAUCACCCCCAACAUGACCUUCACCAAGACCUCCCAGAAAUUCGGGCAAUGGGCCGACAGCCGAGCCAACACCGUGUACGGGCUGGGCUUCGCCUCGGAGCAGCACCUGUCCCAGUUUGCAGAGAAGUUCCAGGAAGUGAAAGAAGCAGCUCGUUUGGCCAGGGAGAAGUCCCAGGAUAAAACAGAGCUCACCAACCCUGCCCUGAACAUCACAUCCCACCAGGUACUUCCCAGCCCCAUCAUCAGCUCCAAUGGGCCAGGAGAGGAUAAACUCUUCCGGAGCCAAAGCGCCGACGUGGAGAUCUCGACGGAGAAGGAGCGGCUGAAGAAGAUGCUGUCGGAAGGCUCAGUCAGCGAGGUGCAGUGGGAAGCCGAGUUCUUCAGCCUCCAGGACAACAACAGCAAGCUGGUGGCUGCCCUGCACGAGGCCAACGCCAACGUGGACCAGUGGAAGAAGCAGCUCUCGGCCUACCAGGAGGAGACGGAGUCGCUGCGGCAGAGGGUGGCGGAGCUGGAGUCGCAGGGGACCCACGAUUCCUCCAGCGAGAACAACAAGGAGGAGCUGAGCCAAACCCUGGAGGAGCUGGAACUGCUCAUCAAGGCUAAGGAUGAGGAGAUCCAGAUGCUGAAGAGCCAGAAGUGUGGCCGCUGGGAAGCCGAGGGGGAGCGGGAGGAGACGCUGCAGAAGCUGCAGGAGCUGGAGGCCCGGAACGCCGAGCUGGAGCAGCGGCUGCACCUGGCAGAGCAGAGCCUGGCAGAGAGCCUGGCAGAGAGGGAGAAGCUGCAGAGCGAGGUGACCAAGGUGGCCGAGAUCAUGGACGUGAAGAUCUUCGAGCUCAGCGAGAUCCGGCAGGGACUGGCCAAGCUGGUGGAGAGCAACUGAGGCAGCAGAGCCCUUCCCACUGCCCC